AGGAAGUCACCUAUAUAACUUUACUUUCCAAAACCCUAAUUCUACUCUCAUUUCUCUUUCCUCCAUUGUCGCAGUUGGCGCCUCCGCAGAACUUAUCUCUAGAAUCACAAAGCUCUCCGUUGGUGAGCAAUCAUGGUCCACGUUUCCUACUACCGCAACUAUGGGAAGACCUUUAAGAAGCCGCGUCGUCCAUAUGAGAAAGAGCGAUUGGAUGCUGAAUUGAAGCUUGUAGGAGAGUAUGGUCUUCGUAACAAGAGGGAGUUGUGGAGGGUUCAGUAUGUUUUGAGUCGUAUUCGUAAUGCUGCAAGGCAUCUUCUCACUCUUGAUGAGAAGAAUCCUCGCCGUAUUUUUGAGGGUGAAGCUCUAUUGAGGAGGAUGAACAGGUAUGGGCUUUUGGAUGAAGGACAGAACAAGCUCGAUUAUGUAUUGGCUCUCACUGUUGAGAACUUCUUGGAGAGGCGUCUUCAGACAUUGGUCUUCAAGUCUGGUAUGGCCAAGUCUAUUCACCAUGCUAGGGUGCUCAUCAGGCAGAGGCAUAUUAGGGUUGGAAGACAAGUGGUGAAUGUCCCUUCUUUCAUGGUGAGGUUAGACUCUCAGAAACACAUUGACUUCUCCCUUACUAGUCCUUUUGGAGGAGGCCGCCCAGGAAGAGUAAAGAGAAGGAAUCAGAAGGCAGCAGCAAAGAAGGCAGCUGGUGGAGAUGGUGACGAGGAAGAUGAAGACUAAGCAAUAUUAUCAGGCCCUUGUGGGCUUUAGGCAAGAGAUCUUUUGUUAGUAACCUCUAUCGGAUCUUGAAUUAGAGCUUUAUUCUCCUAAGAGAUCUUCCGUUUUUUCUUGUUUCAUCGGAUGACUGGUUUUGAUACUCCUAUAUCGUCUUAUAAAGUUUUGAAUGCUGCUUUCGGUAUGUGUCAAACUACUAAAAUAUGACUAUGUUCACUGCAAGUUAAUUUGUUAUGAAUUUUGAUAGUUUUGCCUUGGCUAA